AUGGAGAACAAUUUCUCCAUGAUUCGUCGGCGCACGUCCGACUUGCUCCAGGAUGCCAAAGGCAACAUGCCCUCGAAGCUUCCGCAGCUGCCACAAAUGCCCCAAAUCUCGUCACUAAGCUUGGGGGGCAAGGAGCCAGGCAUGAAGGGUACUUGGGAGCGCAUUCCUCUGCCGCCCAUAGAUCGGUCAUCCCACUCGAUCAAUGUCAUCUCAGGCGCCGCGUACAUCUUUGGCGGUGAGAUCAACCCGCGCGAGCCCGUCGACAAUGCGAUGCAGGUCGUCAAGCUGCCGUAUAGCAUGGCUGGCGCAGACCACUACGCUAUCGCCGCAAAGGCAGCAGCGCCCGAUGAGGCUAGGCAAUCACCUGCUACGGAACUGCAGCCGGAGCCUGAGCCUGAGCCUGACUUCCAGACACCUGCUGAAGAGCCCACGCAAGGAGAUCUGGACACUGUGGAUCUAAAGGACGAAGCGUCACCCACCGAGAAGAGCAAAGAAAAGCAGCCGGCUACGUACGCCUCGCAGGCGGGCAAUGUUCCAGAGGCCCGGGUGGGACAUGCCGCGGCAUCUGUUGGCAGCCGCAUCUUCUUGUUUGGAGGACGUGGUGGUCCUGAGAUGAAGCCUUUGGAGGAAGCGGGACGUGUCUGGGUGUUUGAUACGAGAACCAACACGUGGACCUACCUCGAUCCUGUCCCGGCCGUCAAGGGGGGCACAAUUGUGCCGCACCCUGCGGCGCGCAGCUACCAUUGCGCCACCGCGACAGAUAAACCUCGAGAGUUCGCCAAGCCAACCCCGAAGCCACCGCAGAACUGGCGACAGAGACUCGUCGGUGAUACGUCCAAGACGGGCAUCCCGCAAGACCCCAUUGUGGGUAACGUGGCGGAGAACGCAACCGACCUCGAGUCCGACGGCUACGGGACCUUCAUCGUCCAUGGCGGAUGUCUUGCGAAUGGCGAGCGUACUAAUGACAUGUGGGCAUUCGACGUCCGGACCAGGACUUGGACGGAGCUUCCCGCAGCGCCGGGUCCCGCUCGCGGCGGCACGGCCAUCUGUAUCAGCAAGAGUCGAUUGUUCCGAUUCGGUGGUUUUGACGGCCAGAACGAGAUUGGCGGACAGCUCGACUUUAUUCACCUCGAAGUUGAGGCGUUUGACGACAAGGCCAACAAAGGCGAAGUGGCCGUCCACGCACGAGGCACCUGGCAGUCCAUCAUCCAGAACAACCUGGAUGCUUCAUCUGAAGAUAUUCCCAUUGAGCCUGCACACCAAUGGCCGGCGGCUCGCAGUGUCAUGUCCUUCCACGCAUUGACCAUUGGUGGCGGCCGCGAGUAUCUCGUGCUAGCCUUUGGUGAGGGCUCACCCAGUUCCGAGGGCCACGCCGGUGCUGGCAAGUUCCACAGUGACGUGUGGACGUUUCAAGUGCCGCCGCUGGGCAUGACACCGGCUAGCUUCACCAGCGCCAUGUUGCAGGCCGUCGGGCGGAAGACGGGCGAGGGCAAGUGGCUGCGGGUAACGACAUCACCAUUUGACGAGGACAACGCUGACGAGCCCGAGUCGCGGGGGUGGCAGGCGAGUGCUGUGAUGACUGAUUUGGAAGAGAGUGCUAUUGUUAUCUGGGGUGGGUUGAGCGAGGAAAACAAACGGCUGGGUGACGGUUGGAUUUUGCGUCUUGGUUGA